AGAAUUGCUUCUCCAGGGGAGUUUGAGGCUCAAGUUACCUAGGGCACCUUUCUAGUGUCAUGGUGAAAUGGACUCAGUAUUCCCCAGCAGGCUGCUUUUCCUUCAUGUUUUUUUUACUCUCUCUGUGAAAGAAUUUUAGAGACUAUGAGCUAGUUACCUUGGUGGUGCCUUCUCAGGACAGUAAAAUCCUGGUGGUCAGACUUCACUGGGAAGUAGCUUGGAAGUGACUCAAGUUCAGAAGCUGGCAGGUACGUUUAGUGUGCUUAUGAAGUCCUCUUGCUUCCAUAUGCUCUCCAUACUGAAAUCUAGACUUCAGAUUAUUCUGACUCCGAAGACAUUGUAGAUCACCUACAUACUUCAGCAGCAAGGACGCUUGAAUCUUAGAUCGCCUGUGCCCCUGGAAACCCCCGCAGGUUGUUGCAGCGUUGCAGAUGCCCAGCAGCAGAUGAGAACCUGUAAGGCACCUUCCAACGGGAGAAGAUGACCGAACUAUCUGUUCCAGAGAGCCUUCACACCUUACUCGAGGGUGUGACCGCAGCAGUCAUAAAAAACAAACCAGUAGACACUGCAGAGUUUGUAGCUCUCUAUUUCCAAGACUUCAUUGCCUUUCAUAGAGACAAUCUAAAUUUGAACUUAGAGGAAGUGGUGAAAAAAUUUCAUUUCAAGUACGAAAAUCCAACUGGGGAACUAGAAAGGAAGGCAUCAGAACACAGAGACAUAUCAAUUUCUGGUGAGCCGCAGAAGAAGGAAGUUUCUACUGAUACAGAGGAAGAUCAACUUCUUGAAGACAUCGCUAUCGAGUAUAGCUCCAAAGUAAUCCAGUGCCCGUCAGCUGCCAGCUCUGUUGCAGAAAACAAACCCUCCACUGGACCUGACGGAGCUUCAUCCCCUGAGGGCCCUGAACUUGCUUAUGUGCCUGCCGAUCCCGAGCAGCUCGCUACCCAUAUCCUAGCCAUGGCAUCAAAGGAAGCCGGACAGCCACCACCAUAUUCUAAUGUGUGGACCCUCUAUUGCCUAACUGACUUGAGGCAAGGUCAAAAGCCACCAUCCCCCGGUCAGCUGCCACAAGUGUCUGCUCCAAUUUAUGCGAUGCGAGAAGAGAACAAGAGGGGAGACACUCCACCUUUCAUUUUAGUGGGCUCUACCAUUCAGACCAGGCAGGACUGGCAGUCUCUACCUAGCCACGCUGUCUUCACACAGCAAGGGGCAGGUGCCAGGAGACUCACGGUAGUCCCAGUCCCCGUAGCCAGGCCAGCCGAUGAGGAAACAGACAGGCCCUGUGUGCCAGACUUUAUCUCGGUUGCCAUCCCUCUGGAUAUGGUGAUGUCUGCCAAGCAAGGCUGACCAGCUGGCGACACACACGCAGGUAUAAACGCCCAUGCAGAGGGUUACAGGGGAGAUGCGGGGGUUUGGCUGUUGCUACUGACAAGCGUAAUUCAACCCAUCUUUAAAUACAGUCAGUUUUAAGGCUAGCGAUUAAACUACUUGUCAUGCAUAAUAGACACGAGGCCUUGCCCAGCUUGUUACUUUGCAGUUCGUACUACUGCUCUUGCUCUGGUUUUAGCCUACAGUAACCAAGAUUUAAUCUGAUAUUUACAUACAGCUCAACCCUUUUUAAAAAAAUCAGACCGCAAGUGUAGCAUGACAGUGUUGCAAAACACUAUUUAACUUUAGAGUUCAUUUUGGUGACAUAAUUAAAUUGCAGUUCUUGGUAUAUAUACACCUUGUACUGAGUUCAUGCUGGUUUUUUAAACAGGUUGAGAAGCGAUGCUGGCUGGCCUUCAGGACACGUUCGUAAGGAAUGGAAUUUAACAUAUUAAAAACUGCUUUAUAAAAAUGAACUGCAUCCUGUGCAUUUUAUACUUCU